AUGGUUCGACCUCCGAGCGAUCGUACGAUCCCACCUUUCCUUCGUUCGACCUCCUUUUCCCACGCCCACAGCAGUUCCUCAUCGCCAACGCCGCUGCCGCCGGUCGAGAUCCCGCGGUCCUCGGCCACCCUCGACGCGCCGGCGCCGUCGGAGGACGUGCUGUUGCGAGUCCCCCAGCGCAGCCACCCGCUGGCUGCCGGCGACCUCUCCCUCCACCGCAUCCGGGCCGGAGACACCCCCCUGGCCGCCAUCGCGGCCCUCGGCGCCGUCCAGUGGCCGCUGGCCCGCGACGUCGCGGCCGUCAAGCUCGACCCCCUCCACUACUCCUUCUUCUUCGCCUUCCCCGCCUCCCCCGACGACCCGGCCCCCGACCCGCUCCACUACGGCCUCACGCUCUCCGUCCCCGACCCGCGCCUCGACGCCCUGCUCGGCGCCUACACCAGGUUCUCCGCCCACUCCGUCGCCGGUAGCGAGGGGCUGGCCGACGGGGUGCGCGGCGAGGUCGAGGCCGUCGCGUACUGGACCGUCGUCGCGUCCAACGUCGAGGAGUACUGCAGCGCCGUCGCCAGGGCCAUCGCGUCCGGCGCUAAGAACGUCACCAAGGGGAUCAUCUGGUGCGGGGUCAUGACCGUGGACAGGCUCCGCUGGGGGAACGAGGUGCUCCAAAAGAGGAUCCAGCCCGGCGAUACUGAGGCCGAGGUCAGCCCGGAGAUGCUCAGGCGGAUCAAAAGGUAG